AUAAUAAUAAUGAGAGGGCGGGGCCCAGGGGAGGUGCGGCUUUGUCGUCGCUUUCUCUUGUACUCGGGGUCGGCGUCAGUCCUGUCUGUUGCCUUCAACUCUCUGCAUCUGCGUCACUGAGACGAUUCCCCGGUGCUACUGAGUCACAACCGCAGAAUCACAAUGGGCGAAUUCAAUGAGAAAAAGGAGACCUGCGGCACUAUUUGCCUGAAGUACCUGCUUAUCACCUUUAACUUUUUCUUCUGGUUGGCAGGUUUGGCAGUGAUGGCCGUUGGGAUCUGGACACUGAUCCAGAAAAGUGAUUUCAUUAGUCUCCUGCCUUCCAACACCUAUGCAGCCACAGCCUACAUUCUGGUCAUUGCCGGAGCUAUUGUUAUGGUAACGGGUAUCCUGGGAUGUUGUGCCACUUUCAAAGAGAGAAAGAGCCUGCUCAAAGUGUAUUUUAUCCUGUUGCUGUGCAUCUUUAUCCUGGAGGUCCUGGCAGGAAUCCUGGCCUAUAUUUACUACCAGCAGUGCGCUCCGUUCUGCUCACAGCUGAAUGCAGAGCUCAAGCAGAGCCUGAAGCAAACGAUGAACACAAAGUACAAACAGGCGGGAGAAGAGAAAGUGACUAAUGCUGUUGACAAACUGCAGCAAGAGUUCAAGUGCUGCGGCAGUAAUAACUCCGAGGACUGGAGAGACAGCAUGUGGAUUAACUCUCCCGAGGCUGAAAAGCGUCUAGUUCCCGACAGCUGCUGCAAGACGGUGACUCAACGAUGUGGCGUUCGGGAUCACCCGUCCAACAUCUACAAGGUGGAGGGUGGCUGCAUCAGUAAACUUGAAACCUUUAUUCGGGCUCACCUGCUAAUUAUUGGUGCCGUGGGCAUUGGCAUUGCCUGUGUUCAGCUUUUUGGUAUGAUUUUCACCUGCUGCCUGUACAGGAGCCUCAAGUCGGAGCCAUAUUGAGAACUCUAAAGACUUUUUUUUCCUGCUGACAACGUGUCCUGCUGCAGAAUAAGUCGUUAUUAACAUCUCAUAACACAAGUAUCGUGUGGACCAUGUUGAAAACCAUUGUUUUUAUCCCAUGAUCCCAUCAGCCUGUGACUGUAUCCAGUGCCAACAAGUUCUCGUACUCGAGACUAGAGACAAAUCCUUUGCUCAUUGACUUUAGCAGCAACGUUUUCUCUCCAACGAGCCGAUGAAGACGCAGGUAGGUGGCAUCAAAUGACGAUCUCUGGGAUCAACUCUCUGUCCUUCCCAAUGACUUUCAGUCCUUCCUUUCAAUCCCGAUGACUUUGUAUUUAAGAGAAGCAUCAACAAUUAAUCAUUUGCGAUGUCGUCGUCUGGUAAACGUCAUACAAACAAAUUAAUAGAAAACGUGCACUGGAUGGGGCCACUCGAUAUACAACAUCAUUAACUCACACUGUGUUUGUUUAUAAAGUUAAUUGACGUUGAAGAGUGAGGGGGGUGGUUUGGUGCUUCCCAUAACACCGUUGGGUUAUUAAGAUAAUGCAGAUGAAUCUUCUGUUUAACACGCUUGCCCUUUAAAGACCCAGGUGGUACAGGUAUGGGAUCCGUUAUCUGGAAACCAGUUAUCCAGAAAGCUCCGAAUUAAGGAAAGCCCGUCUCCCAUAGACUUAUAAUCAAUUGAUCUAAAAUUUUCGAAAUGAUUCCCUUUUUCUCUGGGGUGGUUCACCAUCAAGGGUCGAAUAUCGAGGGUUAAUUAACCCUCGAUAUUCGACUAGGAACUAAAAUCCUUCGA